AUGAAAAUACUAAAAUUUACUGUAUUGCUUCUAUUCCUGUUAAUUGGCGAUGCCUGCUGCGGCAAAUUGAAAUUUGUGGCCUUCAAAGGACCACAUUUUGCUUUUGCUGGUGUUAAAGUGCGUACCCCAAAAUUGCUGGGUUUAAAACAUCAUGGUCUUGGUUUCGGUCAUGGCUUAGGCGGUGGUCAUGGUCAUAAAGGUUUUGGCGGUGGCGGUUUCCAUAGCAGUGGCUAUGAACAUCAUGAGUAUCAUGAAUCUCAUCACAGUGGCGGCAGUUUUGGCGGAGGCGGCUGGUUAGGCAAAUAA